AUGGGCGACAGCGAGGUAAAGAACUCCUUGGUGGAUGCCAGCGUCUACCUACUCUGGGCAACGGCACCUCGGCCUAGUGGCCGGUGGACGGAUAUCAGAUCAAUUCAGUUUCAGAACACGGAUACCAGCCAAGACAGCGAGAACUUCGCUUGGGUGCAGAGCUCCAGUGACUGCAGCAAGGUCACUGUCAGCAGCAACAACUACUACCUCUCCCACUCAUACAGGUCGAUGCUGGCAUCCACCGCCUCACAGACACUGGCUAACUUAUGA